AUCUCUGGAUUCUAACGACUACCAGAGCAUGUAGCUCUGAAGCAGAGCAAUCGAAGAUGAUGACAGAGGAGGAAGAAUCGAAGCAGUUGCUCGACCUCUUGGAGUCCUCGAGUGGAUCCAAACGCCUGUUACCACAUUCGACCGCCUCAUCUUAUCUUGACCAGCUCCAGAGCUCAUACCUAGACCAGGUCAUUCAAGAGCCCUCGAUAGUGACUGCUGAAGCUGCUAGGCUGGAAACGGACAUUACCAAUCUCUGUUAUCGGGAAUACCCAUUGUUCAUAUCCGUUCAUCAGUGCUCUACCGCCGUACGGAAUGCUUUCAACGACUUCGAUCAGAGCCUCUCGAGGCUCCUGUCGUCCGUGCCGGAGUUGGAGUCAGAGUGUAAAUCUUUUGCGGACAACACAUUACGUCUGCAAGUUACUCGACGCAAAGCCGGUUUAUUGCUAGAGUACCAGGAUAAGAUUGGCGAGUUGAUCAACAUGCCCCGCUUGAUGGAGACCUGUGUACGAAAUGGCUUUUAUCAAGACGCAAUAGACAUCGCCGAUCACGCCCAUCACCUGUUUCAGGACUAUGGCUCAUUUCCGCUCGUUGAAGACCUCAUGUCAGAGAUUACGGCCGUUUCUCAAUUGAUGACCGUCCAGCUCGUCAAUCUCCUACGCGAAACCAUAAAGUUGCCCAAUUUAAUGAAGACGGUCGGAUUCAUUCGAAGGCUCAACAUCAUGCCCGACGCGGAUCUCUCAGUCGUUUAUCUCUCUAGCCGACUGUACAAUUUUGAAAGGCACAUUGGAGAACUCACACCCAGCCAACUAGAUCCUAUUCGUUUCAUCCGCAGAUAUAUCGACCUCUUUCGAGAGCAUGUCUACGACAUAAUCACUCAGUUCACGGCAGUCUUCGGGAGCGAUGCCGUGCUCGAGUCCUUCGCCACUACUUGCGUCUCAAAAUUGGUCCAGGUCGUGCUCGACCAGAUGCCUUCAAUUGCCAGCGAUCCGACAGCUCUCUCCUCCCUUCUAGUUCAGCUCGGGUACUGCGCUAUGUCCUUCUCGCGUCUGGGCCUCGAUUUCUCACCUUAUUUCUCUCUCCCCUUCUCAGAUCAGGUUCUCCACUCUUUUAAGCACUUAUUGGCGGAAGCGAAUGCAGACCUGGCGGCUGGUUUCGAGCGAUCCAUGCAAAGUCACACAUCGCUAUCCCACCACAUCCUCAUGGCUGACGGUCCGCCCGCUGAGCAUUACGACUCCCAUCACACCGAAAUACCACCUCACACUUCCCACAUCCCUCCCCUAGCUAUGUUUGUCAACGCUCAUCUCUCAGCGUUGAAUCAAUUACGACUUCUCGCACCUCAACAUCUAAGUGGUAAAUUGAUAGCGAUUCAAACCGACCAUUUGGCAUCUGCAACAGCAAACACCUUUGAGUUCUUGGAGCAGGCAAUGUCGCCUACGGAGCCAUCGCGAAGCGAUACCAAUCACCGGCGAUCGAUAUCCUCACCCAGGUCGCGCCUGGUUCGCCAGAAUACAGAGACCCUGCUGGCUCCAGAGCAGCGCGCACUACGGCAAAAGCAGUCUUGGCAAUCCGUGAUGACAUUUGGGCGGACUUGGCUGAGCAGUAUGCAAUAUUUGCGCCACGCCAUGUGUCACGACAUCUUCCAGAUGGAUGAUUUCCCGGCUUUCUCGGAGCUCGACAUCUUCCAACAGCGUCUGUCGGAAUGGACCCUCGAGCGGUCCGGUUCUGAAACCACAGCCGAAGCGGAAACAGGUCUCUUGUCUGGCUCUGGAAGCUCGCUGUCGGCACCAGCUCCAGUUGGUCAAGCUGUCAGCAACUCGACUCCUGACGAGUCCUAUGAGGAUCAUGUUGCGUCGACACCCGAGUUGACGGGGCGUAACGGGGAGCAAAGUAUCGGUGACCGACAAUCCCUUGAUAUGCCUGACAAUUUGACGGCGGUGGGACGAGUGCCGACACCCGAGUUGACGGGGCGCAACGGGGAGCAAAGUAGCGGUGACCGACAAUCCCUUGAUAUGCCCGACAAUUUAACGGCGGCGGGACGAGCGCCGACACCCGAGUUGACGGGGCGCAACGGGGAGCAAAGUAUCGGUGACCGACAAUCCCUUGAUAUGCCCGACAAUUUGACGGCGGUGGGACGACCAUCAAGCAUGCUAGCCGACAGCUCAUCCCAUCUGGAAACUCUUGAUCAUAACGAUGACAAUGAGCUGGGCGAUGCCGGGCUGACGGAGCCGUCUUUUGAGCCACUGCCUACGCAUGAACCGGACGGAUUGGAGUCACCAACACCAGAUUUCUCUGCGACAGACGUCACAGCUAUCGAGGAUGCAGAGUCCGUUGUACCAGCUGACGGCACGGGGACGGCCGCAUCUGAGCCUGCAAGUCAGGCAGAUGAAGAGCCAAUUACUGGCCCGGCCACGAAAAAGAAGAAGAAGAAGAAGGGCAAACGACCUGCAUAA